CUAGUGCUGAGCCCAUGCCCUGUCGCCGCAGCCUCAGCCAGAAGGUGUCACUCCAUCUACAAGGGUUUCGCCCAGUGUCUGAUGGCCCUGGGUGACAGCCUGACGGACAGCGCCCGCAAGGAUGAGGACACACACGAAAUACACUCCAUCUGCAGGUCGUGGGAUGAGUUCCAUGACUGCGCCAACGUGGUCAUGGCCGGCUGUCCAGACGAAGCGGCAGCCGUCUGGGAGUCUCUCCGCCAGGAAUCCAAGAAAAUGCAGUUCUCUGGAAACCUCUAUGACAUGUGCUCCAACCGCAACAGCCAUUCAGAGGCUACGGUAUCCUCCCACGGCCAGCCCAGCCAGGAGGAGAUCAACCAGGAAUCUCUAAGAGGGGCCGCCAAUCAUCUGGCAGGCCCCUCCCUCUUCCUGAUGCUACUUCCUCCCCUGCUGCUGUUGUUGUCUUGGAUAUAG